AAUAAAAGUUGUUCACAUACCAUAUAAUAUUGUUCAAAUAUCAUAACGAAGAAAUUGAUUGAAUAUACUGCAAAUUAAUAAUAUCGGGGUUUCUCGAGAGGAAUAACCAAUCGUUCUUUGGCGGGAAGGGUGGCAUCCCAAUAACCGGCGUACAAAGCAAGACUGCAAAGAGCCGUUGUUAGCGUCUAUAGUUGGAAUUGUAUCGAAGCUCACUGUUUUCGCGUGAAACUGGAGAAAUGGCCGAUGAGGGUAGCAAUGCAACAGAAGCUGCAAAGCGUGGACGAGGUCGACCCAAGAAAGCAGAUAAGCCUGAAGAGUCAUCCAAAGAUGUAAAAGAAGAAAAACAAGGUCGUGGAAGACCACAGAAGGCUGAACCACAAAAGGAGGUGAGCGAAGAUAGUUCUGAAGAGCCUCCAGUAAAGCGUUCACGUGGAAGACCAAAAGGAAGCUUUAAAAAGAAAGGUGGAAAACAGUCUGCACCCGUUAGUGGAAGAGGUCGUGGUCGGCCCAAAAAGUCGGAUGUGACAGCAAAAGAAGAUGUGGAGAAUGAUGCUGAAUGAGUCCACCUUUGUUGUACAAUCUUCAUCGUCAACCAAAAUCAUCAGUUGGAAGAACAUAUUAAAGUUGCCAAAUUAUUUUAACCAUUUAGAGGUCAUGCAGCAGGCACAGAAAAACAAACAAACAUUUGGGGAUUUGAUAUUUUUUUUUGUGUGUGUGUGUUUAAAAGGAAUACCCUGUAUCAAGAAAAGGAUCAUUAUUAACAGUAACUUUGCAUUGUAUUUGUGACAUUAUGUGUAUUAGUAUACAAAAUAUGUUUUUUUUAUGUUGGUGUUCUUAGAUUUAAAUGUUAAGGAAUCUAUGGUUAAAGCAGCAUAAUGUGUGUAGCCGUAUUUUCCAUUUUCUUUUGCAUGUGACUUUGAGAUUGUCGAAAGAUCUGGGGAGUGUUUAAUUUUCAACUUCCUUGUGUUACAUAAAUUGACCGCAGUAUUCAUUUAAGUUUCAUUUACAUUUUGAAAAUAGAUAAUCUUAUAUAUUAUAUAUACAGAUUUUCUUUGUAUAAACAAAAUUCAGGCACUUUCAGAAAUGACAUUACUGGCAAAAUCACACACCCAUUCACUUUGCUUAAAAAAUUUUUUUUUUUUAUAUAUAUAUAUAUAUAUAUUUAUUGGAGUAAAUGU